GGGGCCCGGGAGGAGGCGGCUCUCACACUCCAGGGCCACCGCUCCGGGAUCAGGACCGGCACCGGGACCAGCUGGACGAUGAAGGGCUCCCCACCCACCGCCCUGAUCCUCCUCCUCCUCCUGCUCCUCCUGCUCCUGCUGCCUCCGCUGGACGGGGCCGGGGGUCUCCUACCCACUACGAUCACCACCGCGACCGGCGCGGGCCCGCCGGCCAACUGCUUGGAGGCCAAGGACCGGUGCCUGGCAGAUGCCACCUGUAACGUCACCUACCGGCGUCUGGAAGCUUGCACCCCCGCCCGGACCCGGGGACCCUCGCCGGAGCCCGAAACCCAGGCGGCCUGCCUGGAGGCGGCGUUGCAGCUCCGGGGCAGCGCCCUGGCCGGAUGCAAGUGUCAGUGGCGCAUGAGAAGACUCCUCCUCUGCCUGCAAGCCUACUGGGCCGCCCAUCCCCUGGUCAGCCACGGUGACCGCGACCCGGGCGUCUCCCCCUUCGAGGACCCGGUGCCGGAGGAGACGUGGACCGUGGUGGAUCGCAGCAAGCUGGAGCAGCUGGAGGCAGUGCCGGAGGCGAGCUGGGGCCCGAUGGACCCGUGCCUGAAGCUGACCUCGCUGUGCACGCUGAACCCCAAGUGCACGAGGCUGCGGUCGCUGUACGGGGCGGCCUGCGCGGAGGGCCGGGGCCCGGGGGGCGGCUGCGCCCCGCACCACUGCCGCCCGGCCCUGCGCGGCUUCUUCGAGCGGGCGGCGGAGCCCUACACCCGGGCGCUGCUGCUGUGCCCCUGCGGGCCCGGCGACCGGCGCUGCGGAGAACGGCGUCGCAACACCAUCGUGCCAAGCUGCUCCUACCAGCCCGGGGACCCCGACAACUGCCUGGCCCUCUGGGACGCCUGCCUGGACGACCUCCUCUGCAGGUCCCGCCUGGCCAACUUCCUGACGCACUGCGGGUCGGGGGCACCGGCAGACGGGUGCCCCCGGCAGAAACCCCCCGGCUCCUGCCUCCGGGCCUACAUGGGCAUGAUCGGCACCGUCAUGACCCCCAACUACGUCAGCAACAGCAGCGCCCAGGUGGCCCUGCACUGCACCUGCCAGGGGAGUGGGAACCAGCAGGAAGAGUGUCAGCAACUCGAGGCCACCUUCUCCAAGAACCCCUGCCUGCGUGCGGCUAUGGAAGCCCAGAUGCUGGUCCACUGGAGGCUGCUGCCCGACUCCUCGGCCUCAGACUUCCCCGAGCCCGGGGCAGCCGGGGCCUCGUUCUCCGUGAUCACGCACCAGGGGGUCCCGGGCAGCGGGGCGCAGAGGCCGAAGCCCUGGGGAGCCCUCCCGUUUCCGCUCCUGCUCCCGCUCCUGGUCCUGGGCACCCCCUAGCCGGCCCCGCCGCCCACCCUUCUCACCGGACCGGCCCCGGCCUCCCCCGGACCCUCGACCCCCGGCCGCCGCAGCAGAUGGGGAACCGUGGGGCAAGGGGGGGACGUGGCCAGG